AUGUCUAAGCUCUUCCACCGCCGUAAGAGAAACACAGAAGAUGAGGAAUCCAAUUUUGGAAGAAGGGCUUCUCGCGCCAGAAGCGUAGCAGAUGAAAAUCUGGGCGAGUAUCCCGCUCUCGAUCGCUAUAUCAGCACCUACCGUGAGGACCGUCGUCAAAGUGUAGCCGACGGCCCUGAAGGCGGCAAGGUUAAGAAGAAGCAUUGGUGGCAGUUUGGCAGUGGCCUUCAUACAGAAGAAGAGCCCGCUGUUAAGAAGGGCGCUCCAGACUCGUGGUUCGAUACUGACAUAAAGGCUGGACUGUCCUCUGAUGAGGUUGAGCGCCGGAGGAAGAUCUCUGGGUGGAAUGAGUUGACUUCUGAGAAGGAGAACCAAUUUGCCAAGUUCCUGGGCUUUUUUACUGGACCAAUUCUUUAUGUCAUGGAAGUAGCUGCUCUCCUCGCUGUUGGCCUCGGCGACUGGAUUGACUUUGGUGUCAUCGUUGGAAUCCUCAUGCUCAACGCUUUCGUGGGAUACUACCAAGAGCGGCAAGCAGCAGAUAUCGUCGCCAGUCUCAAAGGAGACAUUGCAAUGCGAUGUACAGUUGUCAGAGAUAGCAACGAGCAAGAGAUCUUGGCGAGGGAGUUGGUCCCUGGAGAUAUUCUUAUUGUUCAAGAAGGUGACACUGUCGCUGCAGACUCUCGUCUCAUCUGUGAUUACACUCGCCCCGAGGACUUCGAAGUGUACAAGCGCCUCAGAGCUGAGGAUAAGUUAGACCGAAGUGACGAAGAAGAUGACAUGGCCGAUGGACCCGAAGCCAAACAAGGCCCAGAGGAUGGAUCAAAUGAACAUGAUGGUCGUCGACAUAGUCACGAGCAGGAACAUCUGGACUACCGCAGCCGUCCUCUCGCCGCAGUUGAUCAGUCCGCUAUUACCGGCGAGUCUCUUGCGGUUGAGAAGUACCUCGGCGAUAUCGUCUAUUACACAACCGGCUGCAAGAGAGGAAAGUCCCUUGGCCUAGUCCAGACCCCCGCAAAGGAGUCUUUUGUAGGACGCACGGCGGAUCUUGUCCAGGGAGCGAAAGACCAAGGCCAUUUCAAGGCUAUCAUGAACCAGAUCGGCACCACGCUCCUAGUCCUGGUCAUGUUCUGGAUCUUGAUCGCAUGGAUUGGUGGCUUCUUCCACCACGUUUCGAUGACCGCCCAUGGAUCGCAGAAUCUGCUGCAUUACGCUCUUGCUCUUCUCAUUGUUGGCGUUCCUGUAGGUUUGCCUGUGGUCACUACAACGACUCUUGCCGUUGGGGCAGCAUACUUGGCGAAGCAGAAGGCUAUUGUACAGAAGUUGACAGCCAUUGAGUCUCUUGCUGGUGUUGAUAUCCUCUGCUCCGAUAAAACUGGUACCUUGACAGCCAACAAACUUUCUAUCCGAGACCCCUUUGUCACCGAAGGAGAAGAUGUCAACUGGAUGAUGGCGGUAGCAGCUCUAGCUUCAAGUCACAACCUACGCACGCUAGAUCCCAUCGACAAGGUCACCAUCCUCACACUGAAGCGAUACCCUGAAGCUCGUGAGAUUCUGAGACAGAAUUGGGUCACAGAAUCAUUCACCCCCUUCGAUCCCGUUUCCAAGCGAAUUACCACUGUGUGCCGCCUUGGAAGCGAUAAGUUCGUCUGCGCAAAAGGUGCCCCGAAAGCUAUCCUCAAGCUUCUAGGACCUGGCUCCGAAGAUACUGCCAGAAUCUAUCGAGAAAAGGCUCAGGAGUUUGCACGCCGUGGGUUUCGUUCUCUCGGUGUCGCAUACAAGAAGAACGAUGGUGACUGGGUCGUUUUGGGCCUGCUAUCCAUGUUCGAUCCCCCACGAGAAGACACCGGCACCACGAUCAUUGAGGCCGGCGCCCUUGGAGUUCCGGUCAAGAUGCUGACAGGAGAUGCAAUCGCCAUUGCCAAAGAGACGUGCAGGAUGUUAUCUCUCGGAACCAAGGUCUACAACUCAGAGCGACUCAUCCAUGGUGGUCUGUCCGGGAGUGUUCAGCAUGAUUUCGUUGAGCGUGCGGACGGCUUCGCAGAGGUGUACCCUGAACACAAAUACACGGUUGUUGAGAUGCUGCAACAGAGAGGACAUCUGACUGCCAUGACAGGAGACGGAGUCAACGACGCACCUUCUCUCAAGAAAGCCGACUGUGGUAUUGCAGUCGAGGGUGCCAGUGAGGCUGCUCAAGCCGCAGCCGAUAUUGUCUUCCUCGCGCCAGGUCUCAGCACUAUUGUCCUAGCAAUCAAGACAGCACGCCAGAUCUUUCAGAGAAUGAAAGCUUAUAUCCAAUACCGAAUCGCCCUCUGUCUCCAUCUCGAAAUCUACCUCACCACCUCGAUGUGUAUCAUCAACGAAACCAUUCGCGUGGAUUUGAUAGUCUUUCUCGCCCUCUUCGCGGAUUUAGCAACAGUUGCCGUUGCUUAUGACAAUGCACAUUUCGAACAGAGGCCUGUUUCAUGGCAGCUGGGCAAGAUCUGGUUCAUGAGUAUUAUCCUUGGUAUUCUUCUUGCAUUGGGAACAUGGGUUAUCCGGGGUGCAAUGUUUCUGCCGAACGGUGGAUUUGUCCAGAACUUUGGAUCGGUCCAAGAGAUUCUCUUCCUGGAAGUCGCCCUAACAGAGAACUGGCUUAUCUUCGUGACAAGGGGUGGGAAAACAUGGCCGUCAUGGCAACUGGUCUUUGCAAUCCUGGGUGUCGAUAUCUUGGCCACUCUCUUUAGUCUCUUCGGUUGGAUGAGUGGGACAUCUAGCGGCGAGAUAACCACUCCGAGGGACAACUUCAAGCAGAGCAGUAACGGAUGGGUAGACAUUGUCACUGUUGUCAUCAUCUGGCUCUACUCUUUCGGCGUCACUGUGGUCAUCGCCAUCGUCUACUUCGUCCUCAACAAGGUCUCCUGGCUAGACAAUCUCGGCAGAGAAAACCGCGGGAAGAAGGAUACCAAGCUGGAGAACAUUCUUGGUCAUCUCCAGAAACUUGCUGUUGAACAUGAGCACGAUGAUAAGACUGGGAAGAGCAAGUUUCUGUUGGUUGAGAAGGCGGCUGAUGAGGAGGAUGAUAUCUAA